UUUGAGCUGAGGGGGGUUGCACUGCCUGUGAAGAUUAAUGAACCAUUCUACACAGAGCUCAGGGUGUACCGUGCAGUGUGCAUGUCCAUGAUGUGAAAGGUGUCAACCGGGUUGCUUUAACAGUGACAUACCGUUUCCUGAACCUCAAUACUUAUCUCUCCCACAGCAACAGGAGCAGGACCCCACUAACCUGUACAUCUCCAACCUACCUGUAUCCAUGGAUGAGCAGGAACUGGAGAACAUGCUGAAACCGUUCGGUCACGUCAUCUCAACACGGGUGCUAAGGAACGCCAACGGGGUCAGCAGAGGAGUCGGCUUCGCCAGGUACACACAAACGUAUACGCUGAAACAUGUACACACACACACACACACACACACACUCACACACUGGGUGGUAUUCUGACUAGAAAUAUGCACGCUUAACUUGAAUUUCCACAAAUCGCAUUGGCAUCAAUUGAAGAUUUAUGUCAAAAUGUAAUUUGUGCGUGCUCAUCUCGACUCUGUAUCAGGCCCCAGAGUGAAUAUAGAGUCUCCUCACAUUGUUCCUGUGACCGUAGUCCCUCUGAGUGUACCCCUCUGGAAAGGCCUUCUCAGUUACCUCUGGACAGUGGUGGAAAAAGUAACCAAUUGUCAUACUUGAGUAAAGAUACCUUAAUAGAAAAUGACUCAAGUAAAAGUGAGUCACCCAGUAAAAUACUACUUGAGUAAAAGUCUAAAAGUAUUUAGUUUUAAAUAUACUUAAGUAUCAAAAGUAAACGUAAUUGCUAAAAUAUUCUUAAGUAUCAAAUGUAAAAGUAAAAUCAUGAAAAAUUCCUCAUAUUAUUUACUCAUAGCCAGGGGCACACUCCAACACUCAGACAUCAUUUACAAAUGAAGCAUUUGUGUGUAUUGAGUCCGCCAGAUCAGAGACAGUAGGGAUGACCAGGGUUGUUCUCUUGAUAAGUGAUAAGUGUGUGAAUUGGACUUUUGGGUGUCAGGGAAAAUGUAUGGAAGUAAAAAGUACAUAUUGUCUUUAGGAAUGUAGUGGAGUAAAGUAAAAGUUGUCAAAAAUAUAAAUAGCAAAGUAAAGUAUAGAUACUCCAAAAUGCUACUUAAGUAGUACUUCAAAGUAUUUUUACACCACUGCCUCUGGAGUGUGCCAGCGAUUAGAGUCCCAGCCCAGCCUCUUUAUUAAGGCGCGUCUUUUCCUGGUCUGGCCUUGUAUUCAGUGUCAGUGGCUGAAGAAAAUGAAUAGACUAGAGAAAGACUUCUCUGGGAUCACCCUCUGUUUCCCUGUGCCAAGCUCAGCUGAUAAUUAACCAUUCAGACAUGCUUGGAUGAACAGAGAUGAAUGGGGCCUCACAAAGGAGCUAUGUCGUAGAGCAGAGAGCAGAGCAGAGAGCAGAGAGUAGAGCAGAGAGCAGAGCAGAGAGUAGAGCAGAGAGCCAAGAGUAGAGCAGAGAGCAGAGUAGAGCAAAGAGCAGAGCAGAGUGCCGAGCAGAGAGCAGAGCAGAGAGUAGAGCAGAGAAUAGAGCAGAGAGUAGAGCAGAGAGCAGAGCAGAGAGCUGAGAGCAGAGAGUACAGCAGAGAGUAGAGCAGAGAGCAGAGCAGAGAGCAGAGCAGAGAGUAGAGCAGAGAGCAGAGCAGAGAGCCGAGCAGAGAGUAGAGCAGAGAGCAGAGAGUAGAGCAGAGAGUAGAGCAGAGAGUAAAGAAGAGAGCAGAGCAGAGAGUAGAGCAGAGAGUAGAGCAGAGAGCGGAGCAGAGAGCAGAGCAGAGAGCAGAGCAGAGAGCAGAGCAGAGAGUAGAGCAGAGAGAAGAGCAGAGAGUAGAGUAGAGAGCAGAGCAGAAAGUAGAGCAGAGAGUAGAGCAGAGAGUAGAGCAGAGAGUAGAGCAGAGAGCAGAGCAGAGAGCAGAGCAGAGAGCAGAUCAGAGAGCAGAGCAGAGAGCAGAGCAGAGAGUAGAUUAGAGAGCAGAGCAGAGAGCAGAGCAGAGAGUAGAGCAAAUGGGCAGAGAGCAGAGAGCAGAGCAGAGAGCAGAGCAGAGCGCAGAGAGCAGAGAGUAGAGCAGAGAGUGGAGCAGAGAGUAGAGUAGAGAGUAGAGCAGAGAGUAGAGAACAGAGCAGAGAGCAGAGCAGAGAAUAGAGUAGAGCACAGAGCAGAGAGUAGAGCACAGAGCAGAGAGUAGAGCAGAGAGUAGAGCACAGAGCAGUGAAUGGAGCCUUUCAAUAGACAAAGACGAGUGGCGCAGUGGUCUAAGGCACUGCAUUGCAGUGCUAGCUGUGCCACUAUAGAUCCUGGUUCAAAUCCAGGCUCUGUCGUAGCCGGCCGCGACCGGGAGACCCAUGGGCUCAGUUGGUAGAGCAUGAUGUAGCUCAGUUGGUAGAGCAUGGUGUUUGCAACGCCAGGGUUGUGGGUUCGAUUCCCACGGGGGGUAUGAUUUUCUUUUAUUUAUGCACUCACUAACUGUAAGUCGCUCAGGAUAAGAGCGUCUGCUAAAUGACAAAAAUGUAAAUGUAAAAUACAAAGGAAACAACAUCCAGUCCCCAUUGACCUACCGAUCCACAUUCCAUCCUCCCUUCCUCCUUCCCUCUCUCCCUCCUCCUCUGUUUCCUUAAGCAACCCACAGGAAAGCCCUGUUAGUGUGUUUGACCUGACUGCAACUCUCUCUCUCUCUCUCUCUCUCUCUCUCUCUCUCUCUCUCUCUCUCUCUCUCUCUCUCUCUCUCUCUCUCUCUCUCUCUCUCUCUCUCUCUCUCUCUCUCUCUCUCUCUCUUUCUGCCCCCACCCCCCUUACCCCCCUCAGGAUGGAGUCAACAGAGAAGUGUGGUGUUGUGAUUCAACAUUUCAAUGGGAAGUUUCUGAAGACUCCUCCAGGCGUACCAGGUAUGAGGAACAGCUACCUUAUAUUUUUUGGGGGUUGUGUUCAAAGUGCUUAGAUUUGUAACUUAAAGGCCCAGUGCAGUUACAAAACGUGAUUUUCCUGUGUUUUAUAUAUAUUUCCGCACUAUAUAUACAGCUAGUUUUCAGUUUUCCCCUCUCCACUCAGACCACUCCCAUACAGUACUAGCAAUAUUCUUGCUUGAGAAAUGUCUCUUUGCUAAGAAGCUAUUUUUGUUUAUUUUCUAUGAUAUUGAGAUAGAUACGGCUGCAUUGGACCUUUAAGCUAAGCUCUGAGUACUGGAGAAACCUGUCCUGUGUGUCCUGAAAGUACCUUUGAUGAUUUUACAAGUGUGUCAAUUAAUCACAAAGUAACUGAGUCACUGACAUCCCCUACAGCCAACAAGCUCCCUAUAAACCCAGCAGUAAACACCCCCAGGCAGAACCCUAGUUUACACACAGGCACAUAGCCGUCCUAACCUGUCAGCUUGGGGUCUUCAUGCCUCCAUGAUGGUUCCUGUCUGGCUCAAACUGAGCUCAGUUUCCCACUGCUCUGUGUCUGAUGGCACUCCUCUCUCCAUGGGCUGUCCUUCUGGCUAAGAACACAGCCUCCAUGUUUUAUUCAGAACCACAGGAGGACGGAGAGAGAGAGAUGAGGGGA